GCAUUUACCUCGUUGAGAACGGUCAAAGGUUUGUCAGCUAAAAUGGUGAACACAUUUCGUGGUCGACUCCUUAAUAUAAGAGAUCGUUUAAAACAAAACUCAUGUGUGAAUUUAGUCUGGCUUAUUAAUUUUUUGCCAAAUCUUGCUGGUUUUCCUUUAUUAAGUCAAAAGUUUAAAUUUUUCUUUUGGAUAGUCCACACAAUCCUUCUAUUCUACGUAUAUCUCCUGGGUACAGCAAUGUACCAGACGUACUUUGCCGAGGACUUUGUGGACUCAAUCAACAGCUUUUUCAAUAUUUCGGUAUUUAUCCUCAUCGGAAAUGACAGCUGGUGGUUGAUCAGUAAAAGAAACGAUUUAAAUGAUCUUUUGAAAAUGGUGAAGAAAAACGAUGAUCUAAUCAUUGAGUCUGGCAGGUUUCAAGAUGUGCACCAGAAGCUAAUGAAGAGCAUAAAAAUCAUUGUGAUCAUGUGUUACAUGUUCCAUUUUGUAAAUGAUGUCAUGAUUUUUAUACCUAGCAGGACGAUUGGGAUGGACGAUUUUUCUACGGUCUCUUGUGUUGGUAUGGAACCGCUGACCAGCAGCCCAAAUCGCCAAGCUUGCAUGGUAGUGUUAGCGCUUCAAGAACUGACGGCUAUCGUAGCAGUUUGCAGUUAUGAUGUGGCUUUACUGUUUCUGUUCUCUCACACAACUGCUGUAUUUCAAAUCCUUUAUCAAGAUAUGACAGAAUUUGCCAAUAUUUCAAAAUCUCAUGAAACGUAUUACGUUGUAGAAGAUCGUCUGAAGAACAUUGUAUUUCGUCAUGUCUUAGCUUUGCAUACGGUCAGGAAAUUAGAAGACAUAUACAGUGUAGCUAUAGGCAUUGGCUUCGGUUUGGACGCCAUUUCUAUGUGUUUAUUCUUCGUGUUGCCUUUAGAUGUCUGUCUCAACUUCGCUCCGCUGAUUUACCACAGUCUUUUCAUAUUUUUCUUGUAUUGUUUUCAAGGACAGAGACUUACAACAGCAUCGGAAAAGUUUGAAAUGGCAGUGUACUGUUGCGGUUGGGAGAAUUUGCGUGUGAAAGAGCGGAGACAAGUGCUUUUGAUGUUGAAACAAGCUCAGAAACCGGUCAUAGUGUACGCUGCCCGAGUGAUUCCGAUACCAUGGUUCUGGUACAUCCACAUGUUUCUUCUCUUCUACGUGUAUGCCGUCGGUAACUUCUGGUAUCAAUGGAAGUUCGCUCACGGCGCUGGUGACUUCAUCAAGAGCUAUGUUAACAUCUCUAUCAUCGUCAUUAUUGGCAACAAUAGUGUGUGGUUUGUCAAACAAAGGGAGAUAUGUAUGACCAUCCUCACUUUACAAGAGUUCACCAUAAACAUAGUCGCUCUGAACUACCAAGCUCUUCUGCUCUUCCUCAUAGCUCAUACAGCUGCGAUGUACCAGAUGAUGGCUUAUGAAAUGAUGGCUCUAAAUGAUUAUAAAAAGGAGAACUUGGGACAAGUGAAGAAGAAACUAUCAUCUUUGAUAGAACGCCAUUGUUUGACGCUAGAUGUCGUUGACAAUUUGCGGUCUCUAUACAGUGUUCCUUUAGGAGUCAACUUUGCGGUUGAUAAAUUCUGCGGAGGUGUUUGCAAGGGCGGUGUACUGCUGUGGUUGGGAGAAUUUUGGCUUAAAGGAGAAGAGGCUGGUAUUCGUUAUGCUUCGUCAGUCUCAGAAGCCGGUGGAACUUCUGGCAGCUGA